AUGCGGCCAAGUGGUGCUGCGCCUCUCCUGCAGCACGGGCCCCUCUGCUUCGACACCCACUCGCGGCGUGCAGAGGAGCAGCUGGCCUUCCACGAGAAAUACCACGAUCGCAUGGCUCGGCUCCUUGGCGGUGACAACAGGGACGAUUCGGCGGAUGUUCACAAGGCGCCGAGCGCCAGCGCAGCACCCGACUACUGGGCGGAAUACACACGAAAACUCGAGCAGAUGGGUAUCCCACGCCGCGGCGACACAUUACGUCUGCCUGAUGAGCAACGGCCGCCGCCGCUGCAGCAGCAGCAGCGAGAAUUGUCGCAGCACUGGGGGGGCCCUGCGGCGGGGCGAUCACCGACGCGGGUGCCAGAAGAGGGAGUGCUGCGCCGCCUGGAUUGGCUAGCGCACGAGAGGGAUGAGCCUGACACUACCGAUGUAAUUGAUCUGCUUCGCGAGGUGGAAGACGUGCUGGUACGUGAAGAGUCUAGACAAAACGAAGGACCCGACAUUUCGUUGCAUUCACAACCAAUGGGUGGCGCCACGUCGUCAAGAGCGUUGGACUCGUCACAAAUUCAUGAUCCAGGGAGACCCAUGGGUGUUCCCCCUGCCCCCGCAGUUGAUCUUCACUCCACUAGUUAUCAUCGCACGGCGCCACCACCGCCACCGCCCCCGGCGACGGCUCCAACAGCUGCACCGUCGUUUCAGCAGCUGGCACAAGGCGUACCGGUAAACCAGCCGCCAGUGGCAGCGGAUUGGAGCCGGGUGUCAGGCAACCCGCAGAUGGAGUGGUAUCGAACCUACUACGCAUGGAUGAUGUACUACGCGCAGUACUAUGGUGCUCUUCUUGCUACACAGCAGCAGCAACAACAACAACAGCAGCUGAAACCGAGUCGUGGAAACUUGGACAAAAAUCCCACAAACCUGAAGAAACUGAGUAGGGAAUACAACGAACUGGUGGCGGAGGUGGAACGCCUCAAUGAGGACCCCAAGCGGCAUGCGAGCAAGAAUAGAAAUGUACCCCUCAGUUCUCCGGCGGUGGUGGCGAGGAAAAAUAAACUGCGGCAGUGCCCACCUUCCUCGUUUAACGGCGAAGACGAUACAUUGUACCGCUCCGAACAUCGCUACUCAUAUCUUCGGGGCGAUACUACGCCCCUAAAAAGGAAAACAGCGCAGCCUUUCAAAGCCAUUGAGCACAGGCAACAAGUGAACGGCCGUGGUGAAGCAGCAUAUGUUGCCUCCGAGUCGAAUGAAGAUGAGAGUGAAGGUAUAUCCAGGGGGAAACGAUUUGAUCCUCCAUGGCUUCCGCCGCCGCGACAUUCACCCAAGAAGCAGCCGCAGGAGGGACGUGAUGCCUCUGGGCCAGGAGGUCGCAAUAUAUCUUGGUUGUACAAGUACGAGGAAAGUGAAGCGGAAGAGGGGUCGCAAACCCACACUGAGGAGGGGGUAAGCUUGGAUCGCGGAGAUGGUCGAGGAGGGUUGGGCUACAGGUAUGACAAGGAAGAAGAACGCGCGUCACACAAACCGCACCAGUACACUGUGCGAGAGCAGUCACGUGAUCCUGUAAGGCGUUUGUCCGUCUAUGAGCGGAAGAAGCGCGCGAUGGAAGAGGAAAAGCCGCGCUGGUGUUUUUGA